UGUGGGCGGGGCGAGAGGAAGAAUGACUGGUGUCUUCGCACUUCCUGCUCCGGAACUUGUCAGGGAACCACGGAAGGGGUACCUCGUGCCAUAGAAGCGUGCCCGCUGCCCAGAAGUGAAGAAGCUGAAGACGCCGGUGAGGCGAGGAGAGGUGCUCUAGAUGCUCUCCAAAUCCUUGGUUAUGGAGUAUUUGGCUCAUCCUGGUGCACUCAGCUUGGCUGCCGGAGUAGCUUGUGGCGUGUGCCUGGGCUGGGGCCUCCGUGUACGCUUCGGGACGAUCCCCAAAAGCUCAGUGCAUGAGACAAACACAGAGACCGGAACUGAAGCAAGCAUCUUAGGAGAGAGUGGGGAGUACAAAAUGAUUCUCGUGGUUCGAAAUGACUUAAAGAUGGGAAAAGGGAAAGUGGCUGCCCAGUGCUCUCAUGCUGCUGUUUCUGCCUACAAGCAAAUUCAAAGGAGAAACCCUGAAUUGCUCAAACAGUGGGAAUACUGUGGCCAGCCCAAAGUGGUGGUCAAAGCCCCUGAUGAAGAAACUCUGAUUGCAUUAUUGACCCAUGCAAAGAUGCUGGGACUGACUGUAAGUUUAAUCCAAGAUGCUGGACGUACUCAGAUUGCCCCAGGUUCUCAAACUGUCCUAGGAAUUGGGCCAGGACCAGCAGACCUAAUUGACAAAGUCACUGGUCACCUAAAACUUUACUAGGUAGAAAUUUUGUACAGUGAUUGUCCCACCACCGCAAGUGUUUGAAACGGCCAAAUUCUAACAAUAAAAGCUGAAUUUCUUCCCCCAACUUAA